GCGCCGACCCCCGAUGUUUAUGAAAUCGCGGCUUCGCGCCGGUCGAUCGAGCGGCCGCACCGCAUGAUUUUCAGAACGUCCGCGAGGCGGAGAGAAGACCUUGCUCGACUGGAAACGCAAACAGUGGCGGGAGUAGAGUGUAGAGCAAGCGGUGUAGAGUUGUAGAGCAGUUGCUAUCGUCGUCGUGGCUAUACAUCUAUACGUCCAUACGUCCAAGCAAAUUUCCUUCCUCAACCGGAACAACCCCUUGGGUUCUCCGUGGGAUUUUUUUUAACAGCAUGUCAGAUUGGGACACCGCGCCUAUUACUUUACGCAAACGUGCCCCGAAGUCAUCUACGUUGAAAACGGAGAAGGCGGUGAACGACGCACGGCGACAAGGUUUCACCGUGGAGACACAAGCGAAAUGGGGUGGUGGUGCAAACAGACAGCACGUAACCACAAAGAACACAGCCAAAUUAGAUCGUGAAACAGAAGAAUUGAAACAUGACCAAAUUCCACUUGAGCUCGGCAAACUUAUUCAGCAAGGGCGACAGAACAAAGGAUUAUCACAAAAAGACCUGGCAACGAAAGUAAACGAAAAGGCACAGGUCAUUAAUGACUACGAAGCCGGACGUGGAAUACCGAAUCAGAUGGUAAUCGGCAAGAUCGAGCGAGUACUUGGAAUUAAAUUGCGCGGUAAAGAUCGUGGCAAACCCUUAGCGGCCCCCGGGACGAAGAAGUGAAUCUCGGGGGGAAGCAACAUCUAUCUUUCGAUCCUUAUAUACUGUUCCCAGAAAGGAAGAAGUAUGAGAAAGACGGUAGAAUGAAAUGCAACAAAAAAAAAGAAACACAAACCCCUAUCCUCUUUUUCUUUGGUUAUACAGAUAUUGUGAACGAUAAAAAAUGGGUUAUAAUUAACUUGUCUUUUACGAAAUAAAAGAAAGAUAUUUUAAGAUAUCACGAAUACGUACGAGUGACAUACGGUUACAUACGGUGCAUACAGUAACAUAGCAUAACGUUAAAAAAAGGCUUAUUGAGUUACCUUUGCGCGCGUAAUCGUUUGUUAUAGAUUUUUAAGUGUAUAUUACUAAUGCUAAUCAUGAAAUAAAAAUGAAUCAUGUGUUUGAAUGAAAAAAUAAAAUUUUUAAUUUAUGAUAACGUACCACA